CACAUGGUGAAGAACCUCUCGGCACAACAAAAUCUUCACCUGCAAUCCAAAUGUGUUGCUAGGAUAACAGCCUCAUCUUCUUGACCUUUUGUCACAGACCCCCUCGAAUGAAGUCUAGCGACCUGUAACCUACCAGCAGUGCCGUCGCAGCUGUUGUCUCCUUCUUCCCGUCCAACUCCACAGCCGCGACGAUGAGCAAGGCGCAAUACAACGCAUUAACUCCACAGCUGCCGAUACCAGAGGUCAAGAUAGAUGUGGCAGAAACCGACACAGCAUCCGCACAAGAACAGCCACAGCCACAGCCACCAACACAGUCACACUCACAAAGCCUCACAGCCAAACCUGAUAGUCAGACUGAAAGCCAGGCCGACGCCGAAACCCCAAGGGACACCAAAUACGACGCCCACGACCACGACCACAACCACCCAUACACCUCCCUCCCCCAGCCACCACCACCACUCGUAGCACCCUUCUUCUCCCUCCCCGCCGAACUCCACCUCCAGAUCGCCACAAACCUCGAAUACCCAGACCUCCUCUCCCUCAAACUCAGCCAUCCACGCCUGUUCACCCUCUUCCUCCACACCCGCCAACCCAGCGUCCACCAACGCAUCGCAUGGGUCAUGAGACGCGCCUCCCUGGGCCUUCCCAUCCCCAACAACACGGGCCUGUCCUUCAAAUCCGACGAGGCAUUCGUGUCGAACCCCGAAGUCAAGCGCAUUCUUCGCGAGAGGCGCCAGCACCGAGAAUGCGUCGACGCCCUUGCCCUCGAAUCCGAAUCGGAACCCGACUUCGACGCCGACUCUGACGCUGGCUUUGACAUUGACUCUGACUCCGACUCUGAUCGUUACGCAGAACCCCGAACCGACACCGCCUCGCGGUUGCUUCUGGAGUGGAGGGGGGAUCGGAAACGUCUCGGCCGCAGUAUGCAGAACCCGCCGCAACCUUUGUGCUUUGUCAUCAAGGGUAAUAGUUGUCCAAAGGCCGCGGCCGCGGCUGCCCUGGCCCAAUCCCAGACCCAAAGGCGUCGUCGCCACGACGAAACGGAAACAACAAUGGACAUAAUAAGAUGCGCCGUCCUCGAGUGCGUGCUAGCAAUCGGCGAGAUGCCUUCUGCUCUCAUAGAGGUGAUCCCUCUGAUUCCUGCUGCGGUCUGCGAGGUAAUCCGUGAGCUUUACCUUUAUAAACUGUCUCCCAGUGGAGAUGGUGGGUUGUUCAUGUCAUGGUUUCUCCCCUGUUGACUUUCGCUUCCACCAGGCUUUGCAUGCUGAAUAUUAGGACGGCCG